UCCAUCAAGUUUAACCUUUUAACUGAUUUUAACCUGCCUAACUGCUAUUUGAUCCAGAGGAAGGCAAAAAACACAAUCUUAAGCCUCCCCAGUUUGCUUUAGAGGAGGCAAGGUAUAAAGAUCAUUCAACCAAAAAACCCCAGAUCCAGGGCAUUCUGGAUAACAGGUCCCACACAUGCACUUACUACCUAACUCACAUCCCCUCUCAGUGAAGUAACUAUGAGUGCUGGGCCCCCAACCUCCCCCUGCUAUAGGUGACCCCUGAUUUUGUGUCUGCAAUGGGUCACUCCAAGUAGAAGGAGGAUAGAAUGGUAUUGCAGGAGAGGAGAAAGGUACAUAUGGUGCAGUUAUAUGGGGGACAAACUUGCUCAUAAUUUAGACCCAAGCAACGGACAGGCAAUUUAAAGGUUAACAACAUCUCUAAUUCGCUUUAUGACAUCACAAUGCUGCAGCCAUAAAAACUAAGGCUGUGCCUGCAUUUACUUUUCAUGACAUCACAAUGCCGUAACCAUAGUAACUAAGGCUGAUUGUCCCUGUGUUUACUUUUCAUGACAUCACAAUGCUGUUACCAUAGAGACUAAACCAGUUUGUACCGGCAUUUACACUUCAUCGUCAUUUUGUCUUGAGCACUCGAGACAGAAGCAUCUUAUUUUUAACAGACAUAAUCGUAAAAUUUAAUCUUACAAGAAUUACAAUUUCCAACAAGAGAGACAUGUUUUCCAGUCAUCUUAAAUUAUUGAUUUUCCUUGGACUGAGCAUUAUAUGGCUACUUUCCACACCAGGUAAGCAGAGCAAUGGCCGCACAAACAAUUAAUGAAAUUAAAUGAUUUUUUUACUUGGUGAUUCCCUUUAAUGGGAAGCUUUCACAGCAGAGAGUAUCACCAACGAAAGUCGAUUUGGGUGUUUAACCUGACCCGUCUCUAUUCUGCAGUGAGGUCACAAGAAAAAGAAGAUUAUGAAUAUCAGGAACCAGAACCUAUUGAAAAAACGACUAUUGCAACGGAGGUGCUGAAUACAGUGACACAAGCACCCGCAAGCACCGUACAGCCGGUAUUUUCAAAAGAGGAUAUAUAUAUUAUUACUAUCGUGGCAUUGCUGGCAUUAAUAGUGGCAUUAAGCAUCGGAUGGUACCUGCACUGCAGAUAUAUGCUCGUAGCAGAGAAUUUUAAAAUAGAAAGACCCUCGGAUAUUGACAUAGAGAAGGGGCCUGAUACUGAGCAGCCAAAAGUAGCGCCAGCAGAAAUAAGUCAGAAACAGGAUCCACCAGAAACUAGUAAGGCAAUAUCUGAACGCCAGAAGAAGAAGGAUAAGAAGAAGAAUACGGAUAAGAAGGAUAAUAAGGAUCAGAAGAAGAAAAAGAAGAAAGCACAGAAAAAUAAAGAUGUCUGUGCUAAUACAACAGAGCAGAAAUGAAUAUGCCACAUAUAAUUUCCAUCAGUGAAUAUAGUGAAGAUGGCGGCGGCAGAGCAGAGGAUAAGUGGUACGUAACCUGCAGCUGAAGGGGAUGGGUAGAGACAAUACAGUUUGUAGUCUUGAAAAGUGGAUUUGCAUAUACUUUAUCUAUUUGUUUUUCUUUUAUCUGCAGGAUCCAUGUAGAAGAAUAUCUGCCUGCUGAUGGAAUUGCACUGUUGUAUUUCCUUUACUAUUGUCAAGCCUGGGUUAGCGAGUCCAGAUGUGAGGAGGCAAGGAAUGGCCAAACAGUCCCAGAUAAAGCCAGAAGCGGGGUACCAAGGAGUAAGCAGAAGAAUCGUCGGAGCAGGCCAAGGUCGGGGCAGGCAGAGUUCAAGCGUAACCGAAAACAAGCCGGGUCGGGGGCAGGCAGAUAGCAAGCGAAGUCCAGUAACAGGCAAGGGGUCAAGCAGGUAGAAGUCAAUCAGAAGUCCGAGGAAACAAGCCGAAGGUCAAACCGAGAUCAGGAAUCAAGUCACAUCCAAGAGCUAGGAUUAUAACCAAGCAAGGAUCCUUUUCCAGAGCGUCUUUUUAAAGGCAGUGUCUUGGCGCCAAACGUGAAGACGCCAGCGUCAUCAGAGUCAUCACGCCGCACGCCGUUGCGUCAGCGGGCGUUUCGUCGCCCGCGUCCACUUCGGCGCGCGACAGUUUCCGACGCGCUCGCGUCCGCGUCCAUGUUGACGCUCGUGCGCGAAUGGUCCUUACAACUAUGUAAUUUUAUCACAAAUAAAAGG